UUUAUCAAGUAAAUGGCACGAACAUCUCAUCUUGAUAAUCUGCAUUUAUUAAUACUUAUACAUAUACGAGUAUCUCUUACAGUAGGUACCUAUUUAUCUCAAGUUAGGUUCCACUUCUAAUUGAAAUUUCUUUGAACCACCUAUAGCCUAAGAAUAUUCAACCCACACUCACAUUCUAGGACCCUAUACUUACCUAUAAAAGCGAUAGCUUAGCUCAUCGAGGAUAGUUUUUUUUAUUAUUUUUUAUUAUUAAUUCAAGCUUUGGUUUUACAAUUUCGUAGUACCUAUUCAUUCAAUUGAUAAACUAUCAUUCAAGUUCAAAGAGAUGCUCAGUUCUUACAGAAUACGUUUAAUAAUUUUGUUAUAUCCAGUUGGAGUAUCAAUGGAUUGGAUACCUAUGAUAACGCCAGACGAGAUGGAAAGAGAAUUAGCUUUUAAAGAAUUCCUACAAAAACAUGGUGAACCGUGGUCGUUGAAAAAUUUGGCGGAUCAAAACGAAGAACUUAAAAAAGAAAAAGCAUUUUUGAAAUACAUGGCCGAACCCGUGAUCGAAAAUUUGGACGAAACCACGGAAAAAUCUAUACGCAACAAAGAAGAUAUUAUGCCGCCAAAUGAGAUAGAAAGAGAAUUGGCUUUUAAAGAAUUCGUACAAAAACAUGGUGAACCGUGGAGCUUAAAAAAUAUGCGGGAUCAAAUCAAGGAGCUUCAAAAGGAGCAUUCCUUUUUGAAAUACAUGGUCGAACCUGUGAUCGCAAAUUCGGACGAAACCACGAAAAAAUCUACACGCGAUGAAGAAGGUACAAGGAUGAAGAACUAGAAGGGUACCUAUACCGUUUUUAGGUUUGUCCCCGAAAUAUCUACAUUUUUUCUCUAUUCAAAUGAUCAGUUUUACAUCAACUAUAGCCAGUGGAAUAAGACCUAUAAGUACGAGUAGUACAAGUAUAUAAACGCACUCCGGAAUCAUUGUGGGAAGGACGACAUCUAUGACAAGCUUUAUAGUAGAGCAAGUUAUGAUUUUUUUUAAUCAAAGAAAUCACAAUUUGCUCCGCAUCAUUUUCUGCAGCGGUCCACGGAGAUACCCGGAGACCUUACGCAUAAAUGUUUCAGUGAUAAAACUGGAUCUACUGAAAGAGACGUAGGUAGGUAUUGGUAUUGUAAUAGCAAAUAGCCUACGUUUUUCACCACCAUAAGGACAGACCUACGACCUUCAACACAAAACACAACCAUUUGUUUCAAUGAAUCGGUAUGCUUUGGUGAAAUCGUCACCAAAACAUACCAUUUCAUUGGAACAAAUUAUUGUGUUUUGCGUUCAGGAUCGUAGGUCUGUCCACCUGUGGAUCAGUUUUGUUAAAUUAUAUACCUAAAUAAUAAUGAAGUUUUUGU